UCGAGGAUAAGAAGAAUGUUGCGCUUAUUGAUAAUACUCGCUGUUGGCAGUUUUGCUGUAGCAGAGGUGACGAAGAGAUCGAUUGAAAAGAGAGCAGUUGACUAUGAAUAUGUGAGUGGAUUCGUGAGUUAUUCAGGUGCGGUAACAGCGUGUGAAAACAUUGGCAAAGUGAUUGUUCAGCUUUGCUCAGAGGCAGAACAGAAUGACCUAGAAGCAUAUUUAGCAUCCCAAUUCCCUCCACCGGCUGUUAUUCCAAAAGCUUGGAUUGGUGUCAGAUAUUCCAGCGGAAAGUGGAGGUGCGGGACAGGUGCAGCUCUGAGUUACCAAAAUUGGGUGUAUCCCCCCGGAAGUAAUACCGGCUGUGCGUUUCUCCACAGAGCCAGAGCCAGAGCCAGUGCCAGAGCCAGGCGUAUCAGGUGAUCCACAUAUGACGUCUUUUGACGGUCGCCCAUAUAGUUUCCAAGGCACA